AUGGAGGAUAAAUACGACGAAUUCGCUACAGCGCAUAAUGAUUUAGCUACCAAUGUGGAACAACUCUCCACACAAUUAAAGAAUAUGGAAGAAAAAUUAAUAGACAUGGAGGAUCGUUCCCACCGGAACAACCUCAGACUACGGGGAAUCCCUGAAGAAAUUCCCAACGAUGACUUGCCUUCCUUCAUUAGGGGCUGCUUGAAAGCCCAUGCACCUGAGAUACCAACAGAUAUGCUGUUAAUAGAUAGAAUGCACCGCAUCCCAAAACCGCGCCAUAUCCCUCCUAUGGUCCCAAGAGAUAUAUUACUGAGAGCUCACUAUUUCCAUGUUAAAGAACAUAUACUCAGAAGCUGCAGAACACGAGCCAGGCCGCCGGAGGAAUAUGCCACAAUCCGGAUAUAUGCGGAUCUCUCUGCAGCCACGCUCCGGAGAAGGAAGGAGUUCUCCCAGGUAACAGGAGCAUUGCGAGCGCAUGGCAUCCGUUAUAAGUGGGGUUUCCCUACAAAACUUAUCAUAACAAAAGAAGGAAAAACAACGGUGAUACAAACACCUGAAGAUGGUGAGCAGAAAUUACAAGGUUGGUGA